GGGAAUGCGCCGCAUCUCUUUCGAAUUUUUCGCAUGCCUUCGGUAAUCUCGGUUCCAGUGUCGAAAUGCGUUUGCUAUAUAUAGAGAGAGGCGAGAACGAUUUCCUAGAUCGUCAGGGUGUGUUCGAACAAGGAUCGAACGAAUAGCAUCUCUAAUUCUCUAACCUAAUUCCCAUCUGCCUAUCGCGUAUCGCACGCACACUACACCUCUGAUCACUCACUGCGGAAACAAACCUCGACCUCGACCUACUGUAGAGUAUCACCAUGUUCACACCAACUCCUCAGACUCAGGAAGAAGCUUUUACCUUGAUCACCCGUGAGCUCUACUUCAAGCGAGACGCUUGUCCGAACCUUGAAUACGCAGUGGACGUACUCGAUCGAUACGUCACCUCUAAACGUCAGGCGGGACGGUCGGACCUCGAAGUACGAGUAAAGUUGGGGUCGUUAGAGAGGAAGUUAAGGGGGGAGCCUAAUGCUCCACCUGCUUGGCUAGACAAACUAUUCCAAGAGACCCACUCCCGCUCGAACCUCUCAUCCCCAUCCCCAUCCUCAUCCCCAUCCUCGUACUCAUCCUCAGGGCGUCUCAACUGGAAAUCCCUCCCUCUUCCCCUUCGUCGUUCUUCGGCCGAUUCUACCAACUCGAGCUGUAAUUCAAGUAUCAACAUCCGACGAUGGGCGGAAGGGAGGGAAUGGGACGAGGCGCCGCCGGCUUAUUAUAGCUAUUAGACCCGGCUUGGCUGGGAGUUGCUUGCUAGGAGGCUGCGGUGCAGAGGGAAGGGCAAAGGGCAGGGGUUGAUGUGCAGCGAGGAUCGGGGAUCGGGGAUGGAAGGUCCGAGGGGAUCAAUUAUAUGGAGGAGACCCGAAGCUAGAAAGAAGGCAGAAAGAAGGAUCUCCGCCAGUAACCUUUCUCCAGGCUCGGGCGAUGAAAUGGAUGAUCCAACACCACACCCCACACCAACACACUGUAUCGAGUAUUGUAGAGUAUUGAACGGCCGGUGAUCAUACUAUGACCGGCACAUAGAGCUCCGUCGACUCUUAACAUUAUUGUAAUCGUAUAUGUAAAUGCGAUUCCUCGCGAAAUGACAAUCUUG